AAAAAAAAAAAAAAAAAAAAAAAAAAAAAAAAAAAAAAAUGUCGUCCAACAACGUCCCCAACGACAGUGAUCCGCUCGUGGUGGCAAACUUCUUCUUUUUCACGUCCAUAUUUCCCGGCGCGAACAGAACAGACCCGCAAUCGUCACCACCGUCAGAGAACGCCGGCGGCCGAAGACCUCCGCCAGCCGGGGAAUGGAAGGGGUGGCCGUGGGAUUUUAGUUCGUUCCCCCACGAGGACUUUGGGCCCCAGGUCAACUAUGCCAUCUGGAUGUUGACCGCCCUGUCGGCGGUGUUCCUGGCCUUGAGGGUGUACUGCAAGUUUCUCAGACACAAGGGCUUGUGGUGGGAUGACCACGUUCUUAUCGUCAGUUGGCUAUGUCUUGUCGCCCAAACCGGGCUCAUCUCGUUCAACGUCUCCAUUGGCUAUGGGCAGCACAUCUGGGACUUUCACCCCAAGGACCUGCAAACAUUUUUGCUCAUGUCCAACACGAGUGGCUUCUUCUCCAUCCUGGCCGCCAUGCUGAGCAAGACGUCGUUUGCCAUCACGGUCCUGCGCAUCUCGGAGGGCUGGACGCGUCGUUUCGUCUGGUUCAUCAUCAUCACCAUCAACACCACCCUCGGCUUCGCCGCGCUCGCCACCUACAUCCAGUGCAGCCCCAGCGAAAAGCUGUGGAGGCCCAUGUUGCAGGGUAACUGCUGGCCCAAGGAGUUCAUCAUCGACUACAAUACGUUCACGGCCGCCUACUCGGGCGCCAUGGAUAUCAUCCUGGCCCUGCUUCCCUGGCGCAUCAUUUGGAAGUUGACCAUCAACAAGAAGGAGAAGCUGGGUGUGAUGGUUGCAAUGAGCAUGGGGUUAUUCGCUGGCGCAGUCUCUUUCGCCAAGAUCGAACAGCUCCCCGCCAUCAACAAAUCAGAUCUCAUCCUUGGCCUCUGGCUCUCGAUCCUCGGCACAGCCGAACCCGCAAUGAGCAUCGUCGCCGCCUCCAUCCCGGUGCUGCGCGCCCUGGUCCACCACAACAGCCCGCAGCGCCACCCCGCUCCCGCGCGCUUCGUCAACAAGACCGAUGUGCUGUACGCCGGCGGGACGAACCUCGGGCGCAACAGCACGACCAUCACGUCUCGGUCCGGGAGCAUGCCGCCGUCGUCGUCGCGCGGUCGAGCACACAACAAUCCCCAGAUGCAGUACCAGCCGCAUCAUCAUCAACAGCAGCAGCAGGACCUUACCCACCAGGGCCGAUUCCAGCAUUUCAGGAGGGAUAGUUCUUCGAGCACGAGGAGCUGGGCGCAGCGGCUCCACGUAUCCAGGAGGAGGGAGAGUCCGGACGAGGAGUGGUUCUACAGGCUCGAGGCCGGGAGGGCCCCGCCGAUGGGUAAGAUCGAAGUGGCCGAGGAGGUCAGCGUCGAAUUUGAGGACUCGGGAAUCAGACCUGUGGCUAGGGUGGAUAGGAGGACAAGAGCGGGGAGCAGAGGUCGUGGCUACGAUGCUAGGGGCCAGCAGCCUGACCUUGAGCGUCAGGCGAUGCAGCAUUGGGGCACGUUGAAGGAGGAGGGCUCUGACCUCAGGAGGGCCAUAUGAUAGGAUAUAUUUUGGUCUCGAGCUUUUAGCAUCUAACUGUAAACUUGACAGUAAAUUGGCAAUGAAAUACCCUCUU